AUGGAGGUGAACCACAUGUCCCCAUCUCCUAUACUACCCACGCUGCCCACCGACGGAGAUGACCCGUGCAGGAUGGACGUCACCGACAUGGCCAUAGACAGUGUCCAGCUGCAUCUCGCCUGCCGCAUCCGCAGGAACCCCAUCACCGUCUACAUCCUCAACCUGGCCGUCGCUGACUUCACCUUCCUCCUCUUCAUGGCCACCUCGUCCCUCCUCUACAUGAUGGAGAAUGCCUCCUGCUCCCCCAUUGUGUCUCUGAUGUACCCGAGGUCGCUUUUCCUGCUCUCGCUCUUCUCCUACAAUGUGGGCCUGUACCUCCUGACGGCCAUCAGCAUCGAGAGGUGCGUGUCCAUCCUCUACUCCAGCAUCCGCCGCCCCCAGCACUUGUCAGCCGUGGUGUGUGCCCUGCUCUGGGCCCUCUCCAUCGCUGUCAUUGCUUCAGUGACUUCUCUGUGCCUGUUGCACGACCAUGAGCACUGCCAGAUAGCUCUCAUCUCCAUGUACGUCCUCAACUUCCUCAUCUUUGCACCACUCAUGGUCAUUUCCAAUGUGAUCCUGUUCGUUAAGGUCUUGUGUGGCUCCAGGCGACAUCAACCCAAGAGGCUCUACAUCGUUAUCUUCCUCACCAUCCUCUUCUUCCUCAUCUUCGCUCUUCCCCUCAGCGUCUGGAAUUUCCUGCAGCAGUUCAGCUACACUGUCGUGCCCUACCAGGUUGUUUUCCUGCUCGCCUGCAUCAACAGCAGCAUCAACCCCUUCAUCUACUUCUUGGUGGGGAGCUGCCGGAGGCAUUGCUCCUUAAUGUCCCUCCGGGUCGCCUUCCAGAGGGUCUUUGAGGAGCCGGAAAACAACACGGCACGCAGCAAUGACACUACGAUGGACAGGCUGGCCCCAGCCUGUUGA